CCACUGCCACCGCCUCCGGACCAUCCACCUCCGGAUUUCCAUCCACCACCUCCACCUCCGCUGGACCAACCACCGCCUCCGCCAGACCAUCCACCACCACCGCCUCCACCUCCUAAUUUCCAGGCACUAGGCCAUCCACCUCCUCCUCCUCCACCGCCUCCGGACCAUCCACCCCCACCUGAUUUCCAACCGCCACCACCUCCACUUGGCCAUCCACCGCCUCCCCCUCCA